AUGCGCCAUAGGGGCCAGGGGCAGCCCUGGGGAUUCCGUUCCCAGAAGGCCCCGCGCGGGUCGCCGCUCCGCCGCCGCCGCCACCACCGCCGCCGCCGCCGCCGCCGCCGCCGCCCGGACGGGAGAGGGGCGGGGUCAGGCCCCCCACCCCACGGACCGCGACGAACCAACGGGAGGGGCCGCAGUGCGCAUGCGGACACGCGCCUGCACCUCCCUCCCCCCGAUCAAUCCCCCAGGGAACAAACCCGUCCCUCCUCCCCGCGGGGAUCUGAGCUAAUUCCCGGUCCACCAAUGACCUCUCCAGGCCCGCCCCAAGACCGAGCCCCGGCCAGCCAAGAAGAACGAAAGCGCUGGAACGCCCAGCACCUCCCCGAAGAGGCUGCACGGUACAGGCUGGGCCGGGAGUCCGAGGGCCUGAGUGCGAAUCCCUACUAGGCCACUUUGUCCACCCAGGCGACCUAGGGCCAGUCACACAACCUCUCCGAUCCUCCCUUUCCUGAUCCCUAAAAGGAGGGGGUUGGGCAGCUCUUAAUCCCCCGGUCCCCCAGGACCUCCCUCCGCCUGUCACCGACCCAGAGCGCACGGUCUCUGCGGGGAUGACAAGUUCAGCAAGAUCCUCGGCUGACCAUGAGCUUAUCCUCUUCCUAGACUGUAAACUCCAUGAGCAAAGGGACCGUGUCUUAUCUCCCCAAGAGCCUAGCAGUGCUUCGCACCCAGCAGGCAUCUAAUGUUAUAUUGAAUUAAAGC